AUGAAAACAGAAGAAGAAAACAAUACAGAUAAAAAAAUUGUGGUUAUCGGUUCUUCUAGCAUCGAUUUUACGACGUAUUCUCAGCGUCUUCCUGCACCUGGAGAAACAAUCCAUGGAUACAAAUUUACGACAAGUUUUGGGGGAAAAGGAGCUAAUCAAUGCGUUGCAGCAGCAAAACUUGGAGCAAAAACAUAUAUGAUAUGUACUCUGGGAGAUGAUCAGUGGGGAAAGAAAUACAAAGACCAUUUAAAAGAAAUUGGUGUGGAAAUAACAUAUGUUUCUACAGCAUCAAAUGUUACUACUGGAAUUGCUCAAAUAACGGUAGCAGAAAAUGGGGAAAAUCAAAUUGCCAGCUGGAAACGCCUCUUGAAUCGACUCUGGAGGCCUUCAAGCUUUGUAAUGGUGUUAAAAUACUUAAUGCUGCACCAGCUAGGAAAGAUAUUGGUAAUAUCAUGCUCCACUGUACUAUUUUAUGUAUUAAUGAAUCUGAAGCAUCUUUACUUGUCGAUUUUGUUGUUGAUGAAACGAACGCUUCUUCGGCCAUUAAUACAUUACUGGACUAUGGAUGUGAAACAG